CUAACAAUAAACCCAUUCUCAUUUAACCUCAGUACCUCAUCCAUGACAUCAUUUGCUCUUAUGCGUUAAUGAACUUAUGAUGCCACAUGUGACAUGUUUAACAUGGAAACUCCACCCUACAUAAAUACAUACACGAUACACCCAUCAGCAAUCUAUAUAUAUGGGUCAUUUGUGUAACGUUAUUUUCAUCAUCUUCCUUAAUAUUUAUUACAAAAUAGAAACAAAAGUUUGUUCUAGAAAAAACUCAUAACACAGUACACAGUACACAGUACACAGUACACAGUACACAGUACACAGUACACAGUACACACACCCAAAAAUGAGCAGCAGUACAGCAAGUCUAACAGUAACAGCAGAUGCAGAGCUGGUGUUUGUUCCAGCUCCGGGUAUGGGCCACCUUAAAUCCGCCGUGGAACUAGCCAAACUCAUCAUCCAACGCAACCACCGCAUUUCAAUCGUCAUCCUCAUCAUCAACAUCCCCACUACUACUUCCCUGAUCAACGACUUCGUUCACUCCCAAUCACGUAACAACCCUUACCCUACCCAUCUAACUUUCAUCACUCUACCACCUCUUUCAAACCCACCAGAACGCUCCUCUCCCGACUUCAUGCGCAUUCUCAUUGAGCUCCACGAGCCUCUCGUCAAACAGGCCGUCGAGGAACGAAUCCAAGCCGGGUCUUCUAAGCUUGCCGGUUUCGUCUUCGACAUGUUUUGCACCAACAUGAUUGAUAUUGCCACCAAUUUAAACGUUCCAGCCUAUAUCUUCUUUACUUCAGGAGCUAACAUGUUGAGUCUUAUGUUUCAUUUUCAGUCAAUGAAUGAUGAAGGUGUUUUUGAUCUUACUAAGGACCACAUCAGCCCCAAUGCUGAGUUUGAUGUACCCGGGUUUGUGAACCGGGUACCCGAGAAAGUUCUCCCUGCAGUACUUAUUGAUAAGGAAAGUGGGGUCCCUAUUCUUCUCAACCUUGUAAGGGGGUUAAGAAGAUCCAAGGGUAUUUUAGUAAAUACAUUUACAGAGCUUGAAACUUCCAGUGUACAAGCUUUGUUAGAUCAAGCAACUCAAGGUGGUAGCAUUCCCGCUAUUUAUCCAGUGGGUCCCAUCUUAGAGCUUGAUAGUGGGUCCCAAGGAGAGGACCACAUGUCUAUUUUACAGUGGCUAGAUAAGCAGCCUUCUUCAUCAGUAGUGUUCCUCUGCUUUGGCAUGGGAAGUUUCGAUGCGAAUGAAGUGAAGGAGAUAGCUAAUGGUCUUGAAAAGUCCGGACACCGGUUUCUCUGGUCUCUACGGAAGCCGCCUUCCGCGGGUACAACGCAGUCUAGUCAGGACCAAACUUUUGUAGAAGCAUUACCCGAAGGCUUUGUGGAUCGGACGGCUAAGAUCGGAAAAAUCAUUAGUUGGGCACCACAAGUUUCCAUCUUGUCCCAUCCUUCCGUAGGUGGGUUCGUAUCGCAUUGUGGGUGGAACUCGACACUGGAGAGUAUGUGGUUCGGGGUUCCUGUAGCGACGUGGCCACUACAUGCAGAGCAACAACUGAAUGCAUUUGAAUUAAUCAAGGAGUUGGGAUUAGCGGUUGAGAUUAGGAUGGACUAUCGACAUGAUUGGAAAACAAGAAAAGCAAACUUUGUAGUCACAGCUCAGGAGGUUGAGAAUGGUGUACAGAAAUUGAUGAGUUUGGACGAGGAGACGAAGAAGAGAGUGAGGCAAAUGAGAGAUGAAGGUAGAAAAGCUUUGGAAGAUGGUGGCUCUUCUCAUAUGUCGUUGGCUCGUUUUAUUCAAGAUGUUUUGACUUUUGAGUAAUGUUAGGUUGCUGAGAGUAUUGUGGUCAUAUCAAAUGUCAAUUUGUCAAUUUGUCCAUUUGUCAUAUACCUUAAUGUGUUUUAAGUCCAUGUUGUUUAUGUAUCACUAUUUACAUGUGUGGGCGGUUUGGUGUGUUAAUAAAUGAUUGUAAUGGGAAUAAAUUUUAAGUAUAAUGUGGGAAGCACUUUUAAAGUGUGUAUGGGGUAAUGGUGAGAUAAUUUCAAUUGUCAAGUUUGUA